AACAAACGUACAGUCAAUAACACAAUAGAAAAAAAAUCUAUAUACAGUGUGUGCAAAUGAGGUAAGAUUAGGGAGGUAAGGCAAUAAAUAGGCCGUAGCGGCUAUUAGUAAGCUAUUGUGACAAUGUGCAACUAGUAGAAUGAAUGAUUGAUUGAAGGGAAAUAAAUAGGCAGAUAAAUAUAGGUUAUAUUUAUUUACAUUGGUGAUUUUGACUCACUGGGAGACCUUUUCUUGUGGCAGCAAGUCACAAAUCUUGCUUCUGGGAUUGCACACUGAGGUAUUUCCCCUAACAGAUAUGGGGUUUUGAAUUUGUGUUCAAAUUCUUUGUGGAUUUGUGUAAUUUGAGGGAAAUAUAUGUAUCGUAUAUGGUCCUACAUUUGGCAGGAGUUUAGAAAGUGGGAGUCCCAUAGAGCGGCGCACAAUUGGUCCUGCGUUGUCCGGGUUUGGCCGGUGUAGGCCGUCAUUGUAAAUAAGAAUUUGUUCUUAACCGACUUGCCUAAUUAAAUAAUGGUUAAACAAAUAAAUAAAAUGAACUCUUUCUCUCAGCACACACAUUCAACAACCAAUUAAAAAGUCACGCUGUUAUGUAGUCAGUGUUUCUACUGCCGCCUGUGGUGCUCAUGCAUAGGGGAUGGUCACUGGCACCAGGGUGGAACAUCAUAGCACAUCUAAGGAGAAUGUAAAUGUGACAUGCUGACCAUUCAUUUAUUUACAAUUGGAGACUAUUGACAUGGCAAAUACAACCAAACAGCAUGGUAGGGGUUUCAUGGGGGAAAGAGUUAUAUGCUAAUAGUACUGUAUUUUCUAUUGAGUUUUACAAUCCACUAUUUUGUUGCUGAGAAUUGUCCUGCACUGCAGGGAAUGCAGAUGAGCUUUGCAAUUUACAUACAUUCACUGAAAACCCACACUAACAUGGUUAUAUUAACAGUAUUGCACGCUUCAUGUAGCCUACUUUUGGCCAGCUAAAAGCCUAACCCCUGAUCAAGCAACAUUAUAUUGAAAUCUUGUUUCUGCAUGAUUAUUUUGCUGUAACAAUACAGGUCAAAUUAAGAUCCUACACCUGUUUGUGGAAAUCAGGAAAUACUAGAGAUGAACUACAUGAAAACUUUUUUGUGCGAACGAUUUGUUUUAUUCAUUCACUUCAACAAUAGCACUCUCCAUGAGAAAUAAAUAAAAAAUGCAUGAUAACAAAACCCUAUAAAUGCAUGAUAACUUGUCCAAAAAUGUCUCAAAAGUGCCAGAACAUAUGGAAGUUGUCCAAUUCAUAAGGUAUUCAAAAAACAAGGAGGACCAGAGGCACUCUUCAUACAAUGCAAAUGCCUUCAUUUUUACAGUAUGUUUAAUGGAACAAAUAUGUAAAAACUCUGACGCGUUUCAGCAGCAUGGACUUCGUCAGAGUAGACUAACGAAGUUACAAGUUAAGAAGUAUGAAUUCACAUCAAGCCAUCAGUUAAAUAGGCAGACAAAUGAUUUGAUAAGAAAAUGAUGAGGGAUAAAUGUUCUCUAAACUUUGUGUCAAUCAUUUUCUUAUCAAAAGGUAGGCUUAGCCUACCCUAUUUUGCGUGAGCAAACACUACUGUUAGUCUACUAUCCACCAGUGGGACUCAAGGAACUCACAGGCUAUGAUCACUUCAGGCCAAUUUCAACAGGCAUUCCAUGCUCAGGUUUGCGGGUUCAAGAACCCAUACAAUAACUCUAUUGUGCAUCCAGAAUCUGGUUCACAGGCAGGUUCCCACACAGUCCACACUCUGCUGGGCUAUAUGAAAGUAAAGUAAGAUCUGCUAUUCUACUGACAGUAGCAGAUCUGUACUGAACAGCCAUUGAAGUCACAAAUUCAUGGAUCUGGAGUCGAAUAUUAACUAACGGGUUGAACAUAUGUUAUAAGAGAGCUGCGUUUUCCAUUACUGCGCAGUGCGCUCAGAUUCACAGACAAGAGAGGAACGGACUUGGACGCACGUCAAGAGAGCCACCGACCGAUGCGACGCUAGCGUGCCAAAAACACUCCAGAAAAAAAACAAGAAAUGGAGAAACGAAAGGAACAUGAGUUGAAAAUUCAAGAAAAUGGAAAGACAAGCAAAUCACCGAAACUAUGUGGGACCAACUACCCUGUCAGCAUCUCCUUUAUAGUGGUGAAUGAGUUCUGUGAACGCUUCUCCUACUAUGGCAUGAAAGCGGUGCUGACACUGUACUUCAUCAACUACCUGCAUUGGGACCAGAACCUGUCCACAGCAGUGUACCAUGCCUUCUCCAGCCUCUGCUACUUCACCCCUGUGCUGGGGGCCCUCAUCGCUGACUCCUGGCUGGGCAAGUUCAAGACCAUUGUCUACCUCUCUGUUGUCUAUGUGCUCGGUCACAUCGUCAAGUCUGUUGGGGCCAUACCGAGUGUGGGGGACUCAACCAUACACAUAGUACUGUCUAUGGUGGGUCUGAUCCUCAUAGCCUUUGGUACAGGAGGUAUCAAACCCUGUGUAGCAGCGUUCGGAGGUGACCAGUUUGAUGAAGAGCAUACAAAUGAAAGGAGGAAAUUCUUCUCCAUUUUCUACAUGUCCAUCAAUGGUGGGAGUGUCUUAUCGACACUCAUCACACCAAUAUUGCGAGGAGAUGUGCAGUGUUUUGGUGGUGACUGCUAUGCUCUUGCCUUCGGAGUACCAGCGAUUUUGAUGGUAAUUGCUCUAGUUGUGUUCAUCUCUGGAAGUGGGAUGUAUAAGAAGAGUCCACCGGAAGGGAACAUCUUGUUGGAUGUGUGUAAGUGCAUGGGGUUGGCCAUCAAGAACCGCUGGAAGAGCUCUAAGUAUGACCCUAAGAAGAAACACUGGCUGGACUGGGCAGAGGAGAAGUAUCCGAGACGUCUGAUCCAUGAGAUUAAGAUGGUCCUAAGGGUUCUAGUGCUCUACAUCCCUCUGCCCAUGUUCUGGGCUCUGUUUGACCAGCAGGGAUCCCGUUGGACUCUCCAGGCCACCCGGAUGAACAUGGCCUUCGGAUCAACAUUUGUCCUGAAGCCUGAUCAAAUGCAGAUGUUAAACGCUCUGCUGAUCCUCGUGUUUGUGCCUAUCUUUGACAUGGUUGUGUACCCACUCAUAGGCCUGUGUAGGAUCAAUCUCACGCCGCUGAAGAAGAUGGCUGUGGGUAUGAUCUUUGCAGCGCUGGCCUUCGGUUCUGCCACCUUGGUGGAGGUCAAUGUCACGAAAACGGUGGUGGAGCCUGCGCCACAGGGACAAUGUCUGCUACAGGUCUACAAUCUGGCUGUCAGUGACGUCAAACUGAACAUCCCAGGGAGUAACCUCUUCUCACAACCCAUCAAAUCCUAUGAGGAUCCACCAGCAUAUCAGCAUAUUCAACUAGGGGGACACAACAAGACCAUCAAUAUGGCGGUCACCCAAAAUGAAAGCCCUUACCAGUGUGUCCAGACCUUCACAGAGCAGAAAGCCUACACUCUCGUCCUGCACAGCAAUGGUUCUGGGAUUGUGUGUCAACUAGCGACAGACAACAUACAUAAAAGUGAAAAAAUGGAAGCGUACCUGAGAUUCAUCAACACACGGAGCGAGGCUGUGAACAUAACAGUGGGUGCUGUGGAUUUUUACGUACCUGAAGACUAUGGCAUAUCUCCCCAUAACAGUGUGGAAAGAAAAGAGUACACAAAUGAUAAGUGUACAUCAGGCUCACAGGAUUUCCUCAUCACCCUGGGCCUGCUUGACUUUGGAGCCUCGUACACUGUCAUUCUCAAAGGAGACCCUGGAGAGAUCAUUCUCCAGAAAAUGGAGGAUGUGAAGGCCAACAAUGUCCACAUAGCCUGGCAGAUUCCACAAUACGUCCUGAUCACAGCAGGAGAAGUCAUGUUCUCCAUCACAGGCCUCGAGUUCUCCUACUCACAGGCCCCAGCUAACAUGAAGUCAGUGCUGCAGGCCGGCUGGCUGCUGACUGUAGCCUUUGGCAAUGUCAUUGUGCUGAUCGUCGCAGAGGGGGCAGGUCUGGAUCAGUGGAUGGAGUUCCUGCUGUUCGCUGGCCUCCUGGUGGCAGUCUGCAUCAUCUUCUCCAUCAUGGCUUACUUCUACACCUACGUAGACCCUGACGAGCUAGACAAGCUGUUCCCAGACAAGACAGUCAAUGACGACGAUGAAGACAACUUGAAAAAGAACCAGAAAUACCACAUGGACCAGACAGACAACAAAUACUGGAAGCAGCAGAAGUUAAGGAUAUCUCCCAGAUGGUCGAUGAACAGGAACACCUACUCCGUCAACACCAUGACCAGCUGGCUCAACUGGGUACGGUAAUGGAUAAGGUCCUCCGCGUUCUCCACCACCCGCGAUAAUUAAUCUCCAACUAGCGGAGGUUCCUCUACCACGAGUCGUCCCAGCGAGCCAGACCCCCAGCCGAUCCAGCAGUUCGCCCAGGUCAGCGAUGUCCUAUAUAUUCCGACUCCAUCGGAAUGCCGUGGCUUCCGAUGAGGGUACGGGUACGGUCCAGAGGAGCGCUGUUGGGUCCUGGUGGACGUCCCCCGUGACGCCCCUGGACAUCGAUGGGUGCCUCACCUUUGCCGUCAGGUCCCUCCUGGACUCCUGACGUCGUGGGGGUUGGCUCCAGUACCUGGUGUACUGGGAGGGUACGGUCCUCCCCCUGGCCUGGCGUCGUCCUGCGGCUAGUCGAGGGGGGGUACUGUCACGGCUACUCCUGCUCUUCCGCUCCGGCGCUCGACGUCGCCAGUCUACUAACCACCGGUCCUAGCAACCCACAUUACGCACACCUGGAAACCAUCAUUGCGCACAUUGCGCACACCUGGACUUCAUCAUCACCCUGAUUACUUUCCCUUUUAUUUAGCCCUCAGUAGCCUCAGUCUUCAGGCGGUAUUGGUAUGGUUUACGUUGAAUACACUACCCCUGUUUUGAUUAUCUUCAUGUUUCUUAUUAUUAAACUCACCUUCUGCACCUGCUUCCUGACUCCCUCGACACAGAUUAAGCCUAGUCCUGGAAUUAAAAAGCAUGCUUAAGGGAUAAUCUGUGUCCAGGAAAGUGGCACAGUGUGUACCUGUCCAGACUAGAGGGUGACUGUGUGGGCCUUGACGUGUCUGUGGGGAACCUCUGGAGGUCUGGCUGGAGUACGUCACACUAGACUCCUCAUAGGGGAUCCUGCUGGGGUACAGACAGCUUGUUUGCAGGGGGGGGAACAGGUGCCAACGCUUCCUGAAAUAAAACAGGGUAGGAGUGCUGAUCUUGGUUCAAUUUAUUUGAAAGGGAAAGCCAUUACCAAAGCCAUUGCAUGCAUCAUCUCAAGUUAAGCAUGUCACUGUACUUCAGCAUGUGACAAAUAAAACUUGAAACCACAAUGGUUAUUCUCUAUGUAGUUGAGGAAACCUGGAAUCUAUCGCCAUUCAAUUUAAGAAGCUAUAGUUCAAUAUAAUCUCUCUUUAUUGAAAUAUUAUUGUUAUGAAUUUUAUGAAUAAAUUACUAAACGAUGUAUACAUUUAACUAGAACUAAUUGAACUCUACCCUGUUUUUCUAUAUUGAUAAAUAAUGUUAGUUCAUAAGGAAGAGGUUAUGUAGCAUGUAUGAGGGAAGAAAAGAAUGGCUGUGUGUACCUAAAGAAAACUAAAUGGAUCAUUAACCUAUGUUUGAACCACUAAGCUAUAACUCUGUGGAGAUAAGGGAAGACAGCUCAAGCCCCUCUAGGUUUUCCGUGUCUGGGGGGGACUGGAACUGUCAGCUAAGUGGUAAUAAACUGAGGAGAGAUUUCAGGAGAUAAUCCAGAUAUUAUGUAUAAGGUAUGUGCGUAAGUAUGUUGGAAUUAACUUUUGAUCAGUUUUGUCCUAGUCGGAGGGGGAGGGACUCUAUGACGCUGUGCGUAAUAUAUAAUGUGAUGUACAUGGUUUUUGGAGGAGAGAUCUCUCGAGAAUAAACGCUAUUGAUUAAUUUGGA